CAUUUGCACCCUUUUGGUGGGAAAAUGAGUUCUCCUCGCACGUUUAACGUCAAAUUAAAAGAGUUUCUAUGCAUUUUCUGGUGUUUACUAUAACGAAAAAGGCAACGGAUAUGUGUUAAAGAUAAAACGGUGUGACAGAUUUACGCGCAGCCGUACUUUGAGUGAGUUAGAUCACUAAGAAACCAAAGGUUCAGUGUGCUCAUUGUGUGCUAGCCUGCUAUCACGUUGGUUUGGGUGAACAGCUGAGCAGCCACGAAGACCAUUCACCCCCAGAUAAAUACUGACUGUAUCGCCACUGAAAGGAAACUAUAUGUAUUAUCUUUACGUACUUAGACACUAAACUGCUCAGCGACCUUAAAAGCGCCUGGUUGGUUCAUUCCAGCGCUCAUUAAUCAUUUUUUUUAACUGCUUCGCAUCAAGAACAACAUCAUGCCAGAAAUCAAACUCAAACACGUCGUGUCCUGCAGCACUGAGGACAGUACUCACAAAGCUGACAACCUGCUGAGCUCAGACACCUACAGAAAGUGGAAAGCAGCGAGACCUGGGGAGAAGCAGACAUCAGUCAUUUUACAGUUUGAGAAGGAAGACCAGGUGCACAGCAUUGACAUUGGAAACGAAGGAUCAGCUUUCAUCGAGGUGUUGGUGGGGAAUUCCUCAGCUACCAAGGACCAGGACUAUGAGGUUCUUCUUGUCACAUCUUCCUUCAUGUCUCCCACGGAGAGCCGUAAUGGCACCAACAUGAGCCGUGUGCGUUUCUUUGGACCCAGCCAGCUGCAGAAGAGCACAGCUCAGGAGAAGUGGGACAGAGUGAAGGUCGUGUGCAGCCAGCCAUACACCAAGAACAUCGCCUACGGACUUGCCUUUGUCAAGUUCCACUCACCGCCAGAUAAAAAUGAUCCUCCCAUUACCUCCCCUAAGCUGACAAAGCUGGGGCAGUUCAAGAUGAAGGAUGAAUCUCCAUCAUCCGCGUCCAGCCUGCAGCCCGGCAGUCUCUUCUUCAGUCGGGAAAAUACAACUAAGCCGAGCACUUCCAUCAAAGUGUCUCCUCAGAGUGACAAGUUGAGCUAUGCUGCUGCUGCACUGCAGUCGGGUGGCAGCUCUCACUCAUCAGGCCAGGCUUCCUCUUCCAACUCUGCCUCACCACAGCCGCCAGCAAAGAGGAAGUUUGAGUUUAGCAAAGAGCGGCAGUCUGCUCCUGGCCCUCCCCUCUCAAAGAAAACAAGCCCUGCUGGUUCCCCCGAGACCAAAUCGGCAACCCCCAAGCAAAAGCCAAGUCCAGUCAUCACACCCAGCCCAAGUGCUGCAAAAGCGUCAUCAGCCCAGAAAUCUACUGAAAAGAAGAGGGAUGGUCAGUCUAAAGCAGAGCCCAAACCCAAACAGAAGACAAAACCCAAGACUGACCAGCAGGUCCCAUUCAAUCGGAUCAUGGGGGGGGUGGUGUUUGUGCUCAGCGGCUUCCAGAACCCUUACAGAGGGGAGCUGAGGGAAAAAGCCUUGGAUAUGGGAGCCAAGUAUCGACCUGACUGGACACCUGACUCCACCCAUCUUAUCUGUGCCUUCGCCAACACUCCCAAGUACAGCCAGGUGAAAUCUGCAGGCGGCAUCAUCGUAAGGAAGGAAUGGGUGAUGGACUGCCAUAAAAGAAAACAGAAGAUCUCAUAUAAACAGUAUUUGAUGGAUGGAGCCGAGUCGAGCUCAGACAGUGAAAUGGAGGUGGAUGACCAGAGUGAAGAGGAAAUGAACGUAAAGACGCCACCGAAGCAGGAGAGACAAGUUACACCUAAAAAGACACCAGUGAAGAGGGAGGAAGAAGAUGACUAUGCAGGAUCCACUGAUGUGGAUGAACCAAAUGACGAUAAUGAAUCUUCUGGAGACACAGAGGACGAGCUGCAGAGAGUGGAGAAGGGGAGCAGGCAGAAGAAAGCAGCAGCGGGAGCCGCGGCGGUGACCGAGGAGGACCCGUACGGGGGGUCGACGGAUGAAAACACAGACGCUGAAGCUGAGGAGGAUCAUCCCAUCCCCGAGCUACCAGAUUUCCUAAAUGGAAAGCACUUUCUCCUUUAUGGUAAAUUCCCCAACAACGAGAGACGACUGCUUUUAAGAUACAUCGUUGCAUUUAAUGGAGUUAUCGAGGAUUACAUGACGGAUAAAGUGCAGUUCGUGGUGACCAGUGACGGAUGGCAUGAUUCCUUUGAAGACGCGCUGAUGGAGAACGGCAACCUGAACUUUGUGAAACCUGCAUGGAUUUAUGCGAUCAAUGAACGACAGAAACUGCUGCCAUAUCAGCCGUACACCGUCGUCCCAUAAACAACACAGUGCCUGCCAGGCACACACACACACACACACACACAAGGAGCCGACUUCACGUCCCGAUGAAGAAGUCGCCCGCAAAGCCAUAGAAGAUGUUAUUUUUCACUUCAAAGAAGCAAUAAACCAGUUGUUGUUCGUGUCUUCACAUUGACUUUUUACACGUUCUUGAUAAAAUAACUCCAGGCCUUUAGAUGACGUCUCCACAAAUCUGGGAAAUAAUGUCUGUUGAAUUGUGUAAGGUAAGGAUUAGCAAAUGUUAGAAGUAGUAAUAGGUUUAUUUUUAGCUUCCCCUCCCCGGAGCAGAACAAACGGUUAAACACUUAUUCAAGAGCUGCUCAUCACUUGGACAUUAUGAAAGAUACAAAGCCUCAUUCAGGACUUUAUUGAAUUUCUUCAGUUCCUUUCUUGAGACAUCUGCAGCUCACAUCGGUUGCCUCAGGCAACAAGGAAAAUGAGUGAUCACCUCGUCCUUACUGCUGCUUGUAGGGAUAAAACUCCCUCCCGGAAGAAUUCCUACUGACCAAACCAAAGCCGGGUCAGACGAAAGGUGCCGAAUAUCUAAUGCAGCAGCUAACAACUGAAAAGAAAGAGAUAUAAUACCAAUAUUUCAGGGUAUGUAGAUGCUGGGGGAUGUUUGUUUUUCUUCCUUUAUUUUAUGAAAUACUGCAAGUGCUGAAGGCACUGAGCUCUAUGCUGUUAGAGGUUGGUAAAUAUGAGUUGAUGUUCAUUUAAGUGGGUUGAGUACUUGUAAACGAGGACGCUGAACAACUUUCAGAAACGCCCGCUUCAUUCACGUCACUGUUGGACGUUCUGCUUUGGGUUCUCGCUCCUCCAGAGCAGCUUUUUGAAUUCCGUAUCUCAAACACUUUUUCUUAUUACUGUCGUACUUAAUUAUUUUGUCUUAAUAAAAAUGGAAAAUGAAAA